GGGAGGGAUACACACACUUUGUCCGUCUGUCUCUCUCAUGGCUUCAGAUCUGGACCCUGAGCAGCCGCAGCGACCGCAGCUCAGCAUGUGGGAGGAGAACUUCGACACGGAGAAGAAGAGAGACUAUUCACCGGUUUCAUGGAAUGAAUACUUUGAAAUGAUGGAUGAUGUUGUUGUGGGAACUGCUGAGAGCAAAGAUGUGUUCCGUGUGUAUAAGAGUGGAGUAGAUGGACCCCUACUGGUGUUACUGCAUGGAGGAGGGCACUCGGCACUCAGCUGGGCCGUAUUUACCGCAGCCAUGAGCAGCAGAGUGACCUGUAGAGUCCUGGCCAUGGAUCUGCGGGGUCACGGUGCCACUCAGGUUCGACAUGCUGAUGACCUCUCCACUCAGACCAUGUCCAGAGACGUGGCCAAUGUGGUGCGGGCCACCUAUGGGGAGAUCCCGCCCCCCAUCAUUCUGGUUGGUCACAGUAUGGGCGGGGCCAUCGCAGUGCACGCAGCCUGUGGACCACUUCUGUCUUCUGUAGUAGGACUGGUCGUCAUUGAUGUCGUGGAGGGAAGCGCCAUGGACAUGCUCCACAGCAUGCAGAACUUCCUCAAGGGACGGCCCAAAUCCUUCAAGACCCUCGACCACGCCAUCGAGUGGAGUUUUAAGAGUGGUCAAAUUAGAAACUUAGAAUCGGCAAAAGUGUCAAUGGCUGGUCAAGUCCGACGGUGUGAGGGGGAGGAGGGGGACACGGCGGAGCAGGUGAGUCCGGUGGGAGAGGGCGUGACCGAGGGCCACGAGGAGUACUAUGACCUGAACUGCGCCACCGACAAAGCCGAGAGCGCCGCAUCUGAGGUGAGACCCAGUGACCCGGAAGUGAAACUCAGCGAGCCGGAGGUGAGACCCAGCGACCCGGAGGCCUUGAACGCAUACUUCUGGAAGAUCGACUUGUCCAAGGCGGAGAAGUACUGGGACGGCUGGUUCCGCGGCAUCUCUAACCUCUUCCUCAGCUGCAACGUGCCCAAACUGCUUCUGCUAGCAGGUGCUCUAUUCAAAGGGAUUGACCGUUUGGACAGAGACCUAACUAUAGGCCAGAUGCAAGGUAAAUUUAUGAUGCAGGUGCUGCCCCCUUGUGGACAUGCAGUGCACGAGGACACACCAGACAAAGUUGCUGAUGCACUGGCCAGUUUUUUGAUCCGACACAAGUUUGCAGAAGCCAGAAGUGAAACAAAAAGCUCCUCCUAUCCGUUCAUGCGAUGAGGAUGACAAAAAGGAUUGCUGAGAAGUGCUCGGGCAGGACUUUCUCAUUAAUCAAAACCAACUAGCUCCACCAUCAUCAAUCCCCUGCGUCUACUUCUACCCUACUCAUUUCUGCUUGGACAAAACACUUUGAUACCUGUUCUGUACCUGACGAGAAAAAUACAAUGUUAUUAUAAAAUAAAACAAAUUGAUUUUUAGUCUCUUUUUGGAAAACCCCUGAGAGGUGUGUGUGUUGUCUUGUGUAUGUGUGUGUGAAUGCUGAAC